AUGGAGCAGGAAGAGUACACAAGUGAAGAAAUCAACUGGAGUUAUGUAGAGUUCGUAGAUAAUCAAGAUGUUCUGGAUCUCAUCGAAAAGAAACCUGGGGGAAUAAUUGCACUACUAGAUGAAGCAUGCAUGUUUCCAAAGUCGACACACGAAACUUUUGCUCAAAAGCUGUACCAAACAUUCAAGAAUCACAAGCGUUUUAGCAAGCCAAAACUCGCUCGAACUGCCUUUACAGUCAACCAUUAUGCCGGAGAUGUCACUUACCAAGCCGAGUUAUUCCUCGAUAAAAACAAAGAUUUAGUUGUUGCAGAACAUCAAGCCCUAUUAGAUGCAUCAAAGUGUCCUUUUGUAGCAAAUCUAUUUCCUCCAGUAAGUGAGGAAAGUUCAAAACAAUCAAAGGCCACAUCCAUAGGUACUCGGUUUAAGCAACAACUCCAAUCACUUAUGGAAACUUUAAACACCACAGAACCGCAUUACAUCAGAUGUGUGAAGCCCAAUUCACUCUUAAAACCAGGCAUCAUUGAAAAUUUCAAUGUCCUAGGUCAAUUGAGAUGCGGGGGUGUGCUAGAGGCAAUCAGGAUAAGUUGUGCUGGCUACCCAACAAAGCGAACUUUCGCAGAAUUUGUGGAUCGUUUUGCAAUUCUUGCAAAAGAUACUGGUGACUGUUCAGAUGAAAAAGCAGUAUGUGCAGCUAUAUGUGAAAAAAUGGGCUUGAAAGGCUAUCAGAUAGGUAAAACAAAAGUGUUCCUCAGAGCCGGUCAGAUGGCUGAGCUAGAUACCCGCCGCAUGGAAGUUUUGUUUAACACUACAAAAAUUAUCCAGAGGAAAAUACAUCCUCGACAUAUGUUUCUAUUGCCUGUUGCAGCAUGUCUUGCGCGGAAGCUAUAUGAAAGCUUGAGGAGAGAAGCUGCUGCCAUUCACAUUCAGAAAAAUGCAUGUUCUUAUGCUGUGAGAAAAUAUUACACAAAACUGCGGGCAAAUGCAAUAGUCAUCCAAACAGGACUAAGAGCAAUGGCGGCAAAUGUUGAAUAUAGGCAAAGAAGGAGAAACAAGGCUGCUAUUAUCAUACAAGCUGCAAGAGAAACAGGUGCACUUAAAGAAGCAAAGGACAAGCUUGAAAAGAAGGUUGAAGAACUCACGUGGAGAUUAAAUGUUGAAAAGCAAAUGAGGUCUGAAAUAGAAGAUGUCAAACGGAAAGAAAUCGCAAAGUUAGAAACUGCAUUACAAGAAAUGCAAGAAAAACUUGAUGCAGCCCAUGAAGCAAUCAAGAAAGAAAAAGAAGCUUCUAGGAUCAUAAUUGAACAAGCAGCACCAGUUGUUCGAGAGGUCCCAGUGGUGGACAACACAAAGCUAGAUUUGUUGAGAAGCUACAAUAAUCAGCUAGAGGCUGAGUUAAGUAUAUUUAAGUCCAAAUCUGAGGAAUUUGAGGGAAAAUACAAUGAGGCCCAACAACGGAUAGAACAAUUACUAAAGGUCACAGAAGAGUCCAGCUCAAAGAUCGCCCAAAUGCAGGAGAAGAUAGAGAGACUUGAAACAAAUUUGUCUAGCCUAGAAUCUGAGAAUAAGAUUCUUCGACAACAAGCUUUAGUUGCUUCAUCAGAUGAAGAUCUAUCAGCAGUAAUCAAAAGUCGUGAAAGCAAAAUCAGCAUAUUGGAGUCAGAGAAUCAGUUGCAUGACAAUCAGCCUGCUCCAAUUUAUCAACCAAAUGCUAAUUUCAAAACUAUUGAACCGCAACAACCAGCAGCAGUAUCACAGGCACCAGAUCCAGAAGCACUAGUUCCAGAUGCACCAGCUCUAAGUAAACAGGAGUCUCUAACUGAUCAACAACAAGAAAAUUAUGAUGCACUUAUCCAGUGUCUUACAGAAUACAAGAGAUUUGAGAACAAGAGACCUGCUGCAGCAUUUAUCGUCUUUAAGUCACUACUCCAAUGGCACUCAUUUGAAGCAGAGAAGACAAACAUAUUUGACCGGAUCAUACAAACAAUCAAAUCAUCUAUUAAGAGCACACGCUUUUCUUCAGCUGGAAUGGGAAUUUCAAAUGGGUACACUGGAAUCAUAAGCAAGUCUAGUCACCAAAGAAGGAUUGAAGCAAAGUAUCCAGCAUUACGUUUUAAGCAACAAUUAACAGCUUACGUCGAGAAGAUCUAUGGGAUUAUCCGUGACAGUCUAAAGAAAGAGAUUGCUCCAUUCUUAGCAAUGUGCAUACAGGCACCCAGAUCUUCCAGAGCUAGAUCAAUCAGGGGAUCUGCAAAGAGCACUAAUUCCAAUUUGAUAGUGAAACAAGCAUCAAGUGCGCACUGGCAAGACAUUAUUAAGAUUUUGGAUCAUACACUAUCUAUACUCGAUGAAAAUUAUGUAAGAUAUAUUGGUUCUUCUUUCAUCAGUUCAUCCGAAGAAUUAGCAUAGAUACAUAGUUUUUUUUUUCAAAGAAAAAGAGACCAGAGACUACAAAAAUUGAAUUUAUGUAAAAAUUAGAGCUGAUAAAGGUCUGUUUCAAUAUUUGCAUUAUUCCCAUAACAUAAAAUUCUCAAUGUGCUGUUACAGGUGCCUAAAAUAAUAAUACGCAAGUCCUUCAGCCAAGUAUUUGCAUUUAUCAAUGUACAAUUAUUUAAUAGGUACCAUCUUCUGUAGUUGUAUUGCACUCCACAUCUUCUGCAG